AAAUAACAGUGUUAGCCUUCAUCAUCGUCAUCUGGUUUCGCCAUCAUCGGUCACAAACUCUCACCUCUCAAUACAACCCCUAAGUCGAAGCACUUCGUGUUUGUGCAGAGACAGAUCGGAGGUUAGAGCUAUGGAUCACAUGGCGGAGCAAGACCAAGAUCAGGAACACGAAGUGUACGGCGGAGAUAUACCAGAUGAAGGAGAAAUGGACGCCGAUGUUGAGAUGUCGAGGAACGAAACGGAAGGAGAUGAAAACAACAACUCGAAGGAUUUAGAGGAUAUGAAGAAGAGACUGAAGGAGAUUGAAGAAGAAGCUGGCGCUCUUCGGGAAAUGCAGGCAAAAGUUGAGAAGGAGAUGGGCUCCGUUCAAGAUGAUCCUUCGGGUGCUUCUGCAACUCAGGCUGAAAAAGAGGAAGCAGAUGCGCGUUCUAUAUAUGUUGGUAAUGUGGAUUAUGCAUGUACACCUGAGGAAGUUCAGCAGCAUUUUCAAUCAUGUGGAACAGUGAACAGGGUGACAAUUUUAACAGAUAAAUUUGGUCAACCAAAAGGUUUUGCAUAUGUUGAAUUUGUGGAGCUUGAAGCUAUUCCAAAUGCUCUCCUUUUAAAUGAAUCAGAAUUACAUGGUCGUCAACUCAAGGUUGCUGCUAAAAGAACAAAUGUCCCUGGAAUGAAACAAUUCAGAGGCAGGCGUUCCAAUCCUUAUCUUGGAUUCAAUUCCCGGAGGCCUUUCAUGCCUGGCCCACCAAUGUACUCUCCAUAUGGAAGGAUUCCAAGGGCAAGAAGGCCAAUGAGAUACCGACCAUAUUGAGAUUUAAGUAAACAAGUGGUCAAACGAGUCAAUGCUCAUACAGGGUCCCACUUAGUCUUUUAGAACAUGUAUGAUUAUGUACCAUUUCCCAACAUUCUUGUAGCUUUAUCUUUUAAGAAUUAUGUUUGUUGUA